AUGAGUAGGUUUGUUACCGGUGUAUCCGACCUAGUUAAGGAAGAGUGUCAUACGGCGAUGCUCCAUGAUGAUAUGAAUAGCUGUAGACUUGUUAUGUAUGCUCAAUCUAUUGAGGAGUCCAAACUUAAGAGGGUGAAUAGGGAUUUGAAGAGGGGUAGAUCCAAUGAGCAAGGUCAACCUAGGUUCAAGAAGAGAGCUCCUAACCAAGAAUCUUCAAGUGCUCCUAAGGCUAAUGAGGAGAAAGGUGGUGGAUCUCAAUUUUCUAAGACACUUUGUGCCACUUGUGGGAAGAGGCAUCAUGGGAAGUGCCUAGCCGGUACUAGUGGGUACUAUGGGUGUGGCAAAAGUGAUCAUCAAGUGAGAAAUUGUCCUACUCUUAUGACUAGAGGAAGGAAGGCCAAACAAGCUCCUUAUGAUGGCUCGGAUCCCAAUGCUCCAAAGAAGAACCAUUUCAAUGUGCUUCAAGCUAACAAGGACAAAGGAGAUAAUCCAGAUGAAGGUACUGGCUUGUGA